UUGGAUAACAUUUUGAAGUUAGCACAAAAUAUAAAGCUAGAGGAAUCUAGUGUGAGUAGAUUUAUGAUUCUAAAGGCUAUACGGGAAGCUAUAGAAGAGACAGUGGGAAAGCUAACUGAGAAAACAGAAUGUGUGAAAUAUAUAGAAAGUAUUAAAGUAUUUCUUGAUCCACCCCGCUCGAAGAGCCGGACAAUCAAGGGGAGGGACCCCAGAAAGAAGCGGAAGUUUCAGAAGUGGGACCCCAGGAAAAAUCAGAAGUUGUACAAUUGGAAGAGAAGAUACAAGAAUUGUUGAGUAAACAAAAAGAAAUCAAACUAAAGGCUCGAGAAAAAGGGAACAGGUGUUAGUAAGAAAGGUUCUGUUCAACCAGAAAAUGUUAUAAAAGUACCAUUGGCAAAUCUUGAAAAAAGAGUCUGCUACACCGAGAUUUUAAGAUACAAGGUGUAGUUGGGGAACCCGGGCAGAAAGAUAAGUUGGGGUAUCAAUCAUUAGUUUCCCAAAUUGAAGCCGGUGUUAGAAAACAAUACUCUGAACUAGAAAUUGUUAACGCGGUAGUUCGAGCAGUCCAACCAGGACUUCAGUUAAGAAGUUAUUUGGAAAGCGUUACGGACCUAACCUUGCCCAGGCUAAGAAAAAUUAUUCGGUUCCAUUAUCAUGAGAAGAGUGCAACCGAACUCUAUCAAAUGUUAGCUAACAUUACCCAACAACCAAAAGAGGAUCCACAAUCUUUCCUCAUUCGAACUCUGACCAUUCGCCAAAAGAUCAUUUUUGCCUCAAAAGAGCUCAGUGCAAGGAUUAUUUCUGCAUACCCUUGAGACAGGGCUUAUUAAUUAGACAAUCCGAGCAAAGAUGAGACCAACCCUCCAGAAUCCUCAGGUCACCGAUGAGGAUUUGAUUGAAGCCAUGAACAUGGCUAUGUCCGUAGAAACCGAGAGAGUAAACAAAUUCAGUUUUUCGGGCAGAAAAUCAGCAAGCAUAUCAACAGUGGAGAUGACGUCUGCAAAAAACAAGGAAAAGAGAGAGGAGGGACGAGUAUUAGCUGCGCUGAAGGCUGUCCAAUCCGACAUGGCGACAAUGCAAAGCGAGAUGAAGUUUCUCCGUGAUUCAGUAACCAAGGUGCCUGAACCGGGGGACGAAAUGCGAAACAACGUGGCGACGAAGGCUAGUCGACCGAAGCGUGGAUGUAGAGAAUGUGAAGAGAAAGGUUUGUCAGACACGUGUAAUCACUGUUUUCUUUGUGGUGGGGCCAAUCAUAUAGCCAGAUAUUGCAACAUGAAGUUCAGAAACCAGGGAAACCACAAAGGGCUGCCCCCGAGGGACAGGGUGUAGCCCAAUCAAAGACAGAAAUGAAGUCCCACCUUUGUAAUUACUGUUUGAAGAAAGAAAGUAGAUCAAAUGAAUUUCAAAUAUGUUCGAUAUGUAAAAUUGUGCAUUAUUGUUCAAAGGAUUGCCAGAGGGAACAUUGGGUUGAACAUAAGACUCUCUGUACAUCCAUCAAGAACCUCUCAACAACUGCAGGUACAAUACCUGGUUUGGGAGAUUCCGCAGAUACGAACAUGUUUGUCAGUCAUCUCACCCCAAAACAGAGAGAUACCGUAGUGAAGCUUGUUGGGGAAAAGUGUCAAGUCAAAUGCCAACUCAAUGGUAAAGAAACGGAGAUACUUUGGGACACAGGAGCCCAGGUCUCAAUUCUACCUGAGAGAAUUUUGAAGGACAUGUUCCCAGACAUUCCGGUUAAGGAUAUACAUGAGCUUUUGGGGGCGGGAUCAGAUCUAAAGCUAGAAGCAGCCAAUGGAACACAAAUUCCGUACAACGGGUGGGUAUAGGAGUAAAUUUUAAGCUCCUUAACAAUUCAGCAAAAGAAAUCACAGUACCAUUUUUGGUCACAAAUGAAGACCUUAACUGUCCCAUAAUUGGUUACAACGUAAUUGAACUGUUUGUGAAGGAUAAUGGCCCAGAAACGGCAUUGUCCGCUGUUGCAGAAAGUUUUGACAAUGUCAGUAACACAGAGGCAAGUGCCCUAGUUAAUUUUAUGAACAGCGAUCUUAGCGAAAGUCUUUGCGCAGUUCGAACAUCGAAAAAGAAAGUAGUUAUCCCUAGUGGCCAGACCAUGAAUAUUUCAUGCCGUGCAAACACUGGACCAAUAAGACGAAACAGUCCUGCAUUAUUUGAGCCAGAUGAACAAACCCAUAUGCCAAUAGGUCUAACAGUUCAAGAGGCUCUGACCACAGUGAAACAAGGGAAGUCUAGCUUAAUAGAUAUUCCAGUAACUAACACAACACAGCACGAUAUUGUCUUACCCGGUAGACUAGUCCUUGGCAACCUACAAUUGGUUCGCUCGGUUACUCCACUUGAAGUCAAAUUAAAGAAGGAAGAACUGGGAGAGCAGCCAGGCAACAUAGAGACAGAGAUUCAGGUAGAUCCAACAAAACCAUCAUCCCUGGAAAGUGAAGAACCCAGACUACCAGAUGUAGACUUAAGUGGGCUUACACCUGAACAAAGACGAGAAGCAACAAAGAUGUUAUACGAGGAAGCUGAUGCAUUUGCGAUGGAUGACGAAGACGUUGGGUGUAUUGAGGGACUUCAAAUGAACAUUCACUUAACUGAUGAUCAACCAGUCCAGAAGAACUAUUUGUCAAUUCCCAGACCACUGUAUCCGGAAGUAAAGGCUUAUAUAGAGGACCUAUUGAACAGAAAUUUUAUACGCAAAUCGAAAUCACCGUUUUCCAGCAGUGUGGUAUGUGUUAGGAAAAAAGACGGUGGGUUACGAUUGUGUGUGGAUUAUCGAGCUUUAAACCAGAAAACUGUACCUGACAUAUACAUACAAAACUUUAUUUAGACCACGCUAGCCUCAACAGCCGUUGGAAGGCUGGUUUCCAUGAGGGGCGUGAAAUUACCUAUUUACAAAAAGUUAACUAAUAUAUACAGGAAAUACAAAAUAUAACAAAAUAAAUAAAUACAAUUGAUUUUAGCUGCGCGAUUAUACACAAGCAAAUUUCAACUCAUUCUUUGUUUCAAUAUCGACUUGAAAGAGCUUAGAGAUUCAGAAAUUUUUGCCUCAUGGGGAAGAUUAUUCCAAUGCAAGGCACCAUUAUAACUGAAGCACCUCUUGCCGAAUUCUUUUUUCGGCAUAGGUGGUGCUAAAUCAGUAUCCGUAUUUCUAAGAUUGUAAGUAUUAUGUCUUUCAUUAUUAAAAUGGAAUGCUUCUUUAAGAUUUGGUGCGGUGUGGCCAUUCAGAACUUUAUAGAUGAAAAUAGAUUUAAGAUAAUUUCGUCUUUCUUCUAGAGGUUUCCAAUUUAGAUUAUUGGACCCUAUCCCGCGUAUUCAGGAGACACUAGACAACCUGGGAGGAAACCACUGGUUCAGUGUCCUCGACCAGGGGAAGGCUUACCAUCAAGGUUUUAUGGACAGAGAUAGUCAGCCUCUUACAGCCUUUAUAACCCCCUGGGGCUUGUAUGAGUGGACCAGAAUACCGUUUGGGCUAAUGAACGCACCCGCCAACUUCCAGAGAUUUAUGGAGAACUGUUUGGGAGACCUUCGAGACAAAAUUUGUAUACCAUACUUGGACGACGUUAUUGUUUUCUCCAAGACCUUCAAGGAACAUGUGCAACAUCUACAGGAAGUUCUUCAACGAUUAAAGAGUCAUGGGGUUAAACUUAAGCCAAAAAAGUGUAACCUGUUUAAGAACGAGGUGUCAUUCCUGGGUCGAAUCGUAUCAGCUAAUGGGUAUCAGAUGGACCCCAAGGCGACUGCAGCCGUUGAAAAGCUUAAAGGAGUCAUUCCAAAGACCGUAGGAGAAGUGCGAAAGAUAAUGGGUCUGCUUGGUGUGUAUCGACGGUCGAUCGAGAAUUUUUCGAAGAUUGCAAAGCCAUUAUACGACCUGUUAAAUAGGGACACAUCUCCACCGAAGAUGUCAACAGCAAGCAGAAACAACCACAACAAGUAUGGCAAUAAUCAGUUACCAUCCAAAUCACUGAUACAGUGGAAACCUGAACAUUCCAGUGCCUUAGAAAUUCUCGUUGAAAGGAUAACUUCUCCACCUAUCCUCGCCUACCCACAAUACAAUGAUCCAUUCCUUGUACAUACUGACGCUUCGCAAGAUGGUCUCGGUGCUGUACUUUACCAGAGACAAGCAGGCAUAUUGAGAGUCAUCGCAUAUGCAUCCAGGACAUUGACCACUGCAGAAAAAAAUUAUCAUCUUCAUUCUGGGAAACUAGAAUUCCUGGCAUUAAAGUGGUCGAUAACCGAACAGUUUCGCGACUACCUGUAUUAUUCACCAAAGUUUACAGUCUUUACCGAUAACAAUCCUCUUACCUAUAUCCUCACGACUGCCAAGCUUAACGCCACCGGGCUCCGAUGGGUUGGUGAACUCUCCGACUUCAACUUUGAUAUCAAGUAUCGUCCUGGUCGCAGCAAUACAGACGCUGACAGUUUGGUUGCCUGGAUACUUCGAAGAGUAUAUGGAAUCGUGUACCCAAACAAUAUCGCAGAAAGAACUUGA